AUGGCCUCCCUGAGAUUACCGAGGAUGUGCUGCCCCUUCCGGGACGAUGGCACCGACCUGGUCCUCACCUCCCCCGUCUAUCAUGUGACAUGUGGGUGCAGCGCCGUGCUGGGGCUCCUGGGACUGGCCCUCGGCUACCGUCCAACCAAGGGCCCCAUCCAGAGCCGGCCCAACGGCGGGAGAAUCCGACUGGCCAGCAGUAUGAUCACCACAGGCUUGUUGGUGAAUUCCGUCCUCUGGCUGAGUCUCCCCGACUUCCUGUCCAAUCAGACGGCUUGGUUCCCUCACGUCCUCUGCAUCGUCCUCUCUACGUGGAUCCAUUACUUCUCCUGCGUGCUGUUCUGGGCUUUCUUCUGCUACUCCCUGGAGAUCGCUCAGCUGCUCAGCCCCAACCCCACCGAGAGGUUCGGGAGGUUCUUGACGUUCUUGUGUUGGGGAGCCUCCAGCCUCGUCCUCCUCCAUGGGCUUCUCCUGCUGCUCAGCCCCAACCCCACCGAGAGGUGUGACUCCACGCAAGGCCUGGUGCUCUUCCAUGACGUGGUCCUGUACAUCCCGUUGCUGCUCGCGCUCUUGGGGAGCCCCUUCCUGCUGAGGAGAGCCAUUGUGAGAGUGCCCGCCGUCCUGAAGAUGCAUUGUGGGGUGUAUACGAGUAGUGAACGGUUCCGGAAGCAGACCCUGUGUAGACGGCUCCUGGGGAUCAGUGGGGUCUUCGUAGCUUGCUGGAUUGGAAAUGUCCUGUGUGACGUGGUGCUGCUCCUGGUGGAGGUUUGGGGGACCCCGCAGGCACCUCGGCAGAUGCUGGCUGCAGCGCGGACCCUCUUCGUCAUUACGGGGAUUCUGAAUCCCGCGUUUUGCUGCGUGCAUUCUCUGGCUUUUUAUGGCUGGAGGAGUUCUUCUGCUCCCAGUGUCAACCAGUGCGGCGGCACGGCGGCGCCCCAUGUGACCGGCGAGGAGGAGGAGGGCGACGAGGAGCAUCAUCUGCUGAUGUGUGGGCCGCCCGCGUCCGGGAAACUCUCCAUCCCCAAUAUACUGCAGCUGAUGGAUUCCUAUUCUUCAAUGGAAUUCCGAUGCUCCGCCCUGGAGAUCAAUGCCGUGCGUCUCCUGGGGGCGAGGGACGCCAUGGCGGCUCCUUCUGCUGGAUCUGAGCUCAAACCGCGGCACUCCAAUGUCUGA